AAAGCCCUAUCACAAAAAUUUCCACACAUAGAUCAACUGAAAUCCAAUUUCACCCGCUUAAUUUUUAUUUUUUUUUCUUCGUAUUACCAAAAUUUUCCCCCAAGCUUAAGGAUUUUAGCUCAAGCUUUAAUGGAUGAUUUAUCCAGCAUCUGCGCGGGCCUCGGGAUUUUGGAUGAAGACGAGAAUGGGAAUCCCAUGGGCUACCGCAAAUCUGAGUAUUGUUCAGAUAACUUGAAGGAUUUACUUCGGUUUCUAAGGCGAGAUGAUCCGGAAAAGAGAGACGUGUUCAAGCAAAUCUGCAAAUGGAAUACUGUGGGGGAAAAUUUGAUCCCGAUAAUCGAGUAUUGUCAGGAAGAUCGCAGCUUAGUUUUAAAUUCAGUUAAGGUGUUGGUAUUUUUGACAAUGCCGGUUGAGCCUGCUUCCCUUGAUAUACCACAACAAAUAGAGCAUCUGUGGGGAUUGAAGUCUGCUAUUACAUUCAGUGAUAUUAUUCCAGUGAUAGUGUCUCUCCUGGAAAGCCCAUUAGAAAAUCUCGAGAAUGAGUGUUUCACGGAGGAUGAUUGGAAACUGGUACAACUGGUAAUCACUUUUUUCCGCAACGUCCUAGCUAUUCAAGAUAUAUCAAGCCACCAGAUAACCGGAGGAUCAGCCACUCAGUUCCUCUCUCUUAGGGAUAAGUUUUUAGAACUAUUGUUCAAGGAGAAUGUCAUGGAUCUCAUAUUGGUGCUGUCACAACACUCUGGCAGUUCACAUGACUAUUUGCAUCAAGAUAACUUGCUCUUUCUGGAAAUUUUCUAUCACAUAUUUAAAGGUCAAGAGCCAGAGUUAAUUGCUAAGGCAUAUUUGAAGGGCUCAAAGGUUGGUGAAGCUUCUGAAGAUGCAGUUACCAGUCUCCAAUCUAUUAUGAAAGAGGAACAAGAGAAAAGAAAGCAUUUGAAAUUUCAUAGUCUCAGUUGUUAUUCACAGCUCAGUGGAACAUUUACCCGGUUCUCCUUGGAUGGUUCUAAAGCGCUUCUAAAAGGAAAUCCUUCUGCCGCUAGUGAUGUUUCAUUAAAAUCUCAUAAAAAUGCCCGUGGUUCAUCAAAAAGGAAAGCUGGGGACAGUAUAGAACUGCCAUCAACGAAACCCGAAAUCCUGCAUUUACUUGCUGAUUUUAUUAGUCAGUUUUUGAUGGGGGGAUACAAUGUUCUGAUGCGGUCGAUCCUUGACGAUAUUGUGAAAGAACAUCAGGAAAUUCUUAGUAGUGAUGUUGUCAUAUUCUUUCAGGUGGCUCAAUUCGCCACAUCUUUUCAAUAUCACAAGUGUGUAGGUUCAAAGCCUAGCAUUGAAGUUGAAAAUGAGACAUCUGCCACUCGCCAUGAUGAAACCACUAUUUUUAAUGGCAGUAUAUGUGGACCAAUUGCUGAAACCCUGAAUGAAUCAAUGUUUCUACUGGUCAUUUCAAAAUGGCGGUCCACAUUUGAAAGCUUAAAACAAACCAAUGACUAUAAGUUUCUCUCAGUAGCAGGGUCACUUGUUAAAACUAUGAUACGCAUUCUGGAUUUGGUACUAAAGCAAUCCCCGGAAGAUUCUAAGGAACCUCAGACAGCACGUGUACUUCUGUACAAGUUAUUCUAUGAUCAAACUGAGGAAGGAAUGACACAGUUUCUAUUGAACCUAAUCAAGUCAUUUGAUGAUCAGAAGCAGUCCAAAAGUGAUCUUGCCAACUUGGUGGAAAGCAUGCAUGUGAUUCUGCGUCUAGUGGAGAACCUUCAGUCACGUGGCUCAUUACGGGUCUCCAAGAAGUCGAGGAAGAAAAGAACAAAGAAGACAACAGAAAAGAAUGAAAAUGCUUGUGAACCAAGUGUGGACAAUGUUGCCUCUCAGACAGAGAUUGGCAACACUACUUGUGAAGCGCCAGUUGAUGCCAACAUGUCGGGAUUUAAUCCGUUACUUAACCAGGACACCAAUAUAGAGGCUGAAUUAAGCACCCAGGAUUUCACUCAAGUUGAUCAACCAGUACUAAAACCUACGAACUUGGAAAGCAAUGAGUCUGGGGUGAAUGAAGGAAUUGUUGCCGAUAAUGAUGUUCUUCUCGAAACUGAUGAUUCAUCUGGUGAUGACCAGCUGACAUUGACCAAUGAGGUUGACUUUAACGCAUCUUCUCUGGUUUCGGCUCUUGCUAACAACAGCAUCAUUGAGAAUUUGUGUUGGUUGCUGAAGUUCUACAAGACCAAUUCCAUCACGACUAAUCAUUACAUCAUAAGCAUUCUUCGUCGGAUUUGUGAUGAUCUAGAACUGUCCCCAAUGCUAUACCAGUUAUCACUCCUUACGAUAUUCUACGAUAUCCUGGAGGAGCAGCAAUUGAGACCGUCCAAAGUACACGAGAAUAUUGUUACUUUCUUGACAACUUUGGUCCGGAGGAUGUUGCGUAAAAUGAAGGACAAUCCCCUUCUAUUUGUCGAGGUUCUAUUCUGGAAGACAAGAAAAGAGUGCCACUAUAUAAAUUGUGGAGCCAUGAUAAAGGAGCUAAAAGGAAUCAGAAAAAACAAUGGUGAAGGCAGGAGUGAAAACGAAGAAGAUAGUUUAUUUGAAGUGCAAAAAUGGACCCGAAGGAGUAUAGCAGAUGCGUUGGGCGAUGAUGAUUUCGGUACAUCUGUCCAUGCCAGCCAACAUGAGGGUCACCCUGAAGAAGGAUCAAAUGGGUCACUGGAAAAAGGAAAUGACAUCACACUUACUGAUGAAAUGGGUGACAAAAUUAAGGAUCUGUAUCAGAAGUACAAGGAUAAUACUGAUUGUUGCCAACUUAUUGCCGGUGAGCUCGAUCCGAAUGGAGAAAUAUCAAACUCUCAAGUCUCCAAGAUUCUCAAACAGCUUGGAUUUAAAGUUCCAGCUGAGGCAAAGAGGAAGAGCUCUAAAGAAAAUUCAUCCAUGAGAAAACCUACGCACUCCAGAAAAAGAGUUCAAGCUUUUAGUGAGGAUCAGGAGCAGAAAAUCAAAGAAUUGUUUGAGCAGUUUAAAGAUAAUAGGAGGUGCAGCUACAUGAUUGCUAAUGCCCUUGACGGCAAUGGGGGCUUCUCUGCAGCUCAGAUUUCGCGCAAACUCAAGCAGCUUGGCCUUAUAAGGCCGAAAAAUAACAACCAAUAUGAUGAGAGGCAUAGUAAGAAGGUCGCAAAGGAAUUGCCUGAGGACAUGUCUGAUGAUGAAUUACUUAGCUCCAUUUUGGUGUACGACUCUCUCACUUCAGUUUUUCUCAUUCUGUAUAAUGGUAUUUGCAUGAGGACAGAUAACCAUUUGGAUGUUCGAGUUGUGUACACCAUUAAAAAAACAAAGAAAAGGCCCCGAAAGGCUGAGGAGCUCAUGAUAGAUUCUUCUGAGAGGGGCAACCUUGCAAAAUCCGAUGAGAUGAACGAUACAAUCCUAGUGGACAAUGGAGUUUCUUACCAUUAUAGAGAUUCUAAAAUGGACACAACAGGACUUGAUAAUCUUAGAGACUCAAACGAAAAUUCAUCCGAGAAAGGUGGGAAUUCCGAGGAUCCACUAUUAGAUGAUGGGAUUGAGGAUGAGUUGGCUGAUUUUGAUGAAAAUACAGUACACGUUGCCACACAGGAUAAUAAUCCCUCAUCGGUUCCGAGAAGACGACUGAGGAUGGUACUCGACUUUGAGGACGAUGAUGAUUGAAUGAAGCUUAAGUUAGAUGCUACAUUUCGUAGAAUGUAAAUAUAUCUAAAGAAACAAAUGCUGCUAUAAAGAUGGAUGCUAGUGAUAACAUUUAAUUUAUGUUGCUUAUUAAUUAGGCCUCUCUAACUUUCUUUUUAUCCCAUAGCCCUAGUGAUGUAAUUCCUUGCUAACAUAGUAAGUUAAGUAUAUAGAUAUGUGUGUAUAUAUUGCCAAAGUUUGAUUUGAUACCUACUUGAUAGGUAAAGUAAAGUAUAAACUAUAAAACUACAGAUGUAUAAGUGGAUUGAUAUUAUUGAAGUUUUAUUCGCA